AUGCUGGCCAUGUUUUGCUACUUCGCGCUGUUGGUUGAUUUCAGUGCGCUUUUCGUUCGCUGCUCUGCCUUCGUCAUGAUCUCGGGACAGGUGCUUCCAGAAUUGGUUCUCAUGCUGGGGGCCGUGUUCUACUUGAUACUGGUGUUCGGGUGCGCCACGUCGGCUUCCAGCGAGAAAAGUUCUGAUUUCUCAAACAUAGCGCAGUCGGCGCUCAGUUUUUUUCAGAUCAGCAUCGGCAUGUAUCCAGCGGAGAACUUUCACAGCCUCAAAGAGUCACGCUGGAUUAUGGUGAUGUGUGUCGGAUUUACAGUGUUGGUUGUUAUUUUCCUCUCCAACGUCUUGAUCGCGCAGAUCAUUGGGGCAUACUCCUCGCUGUAUGACAGAAUGCUGGGCCUGGCGCGGCUGAAUCGGAUGGCAAUCAUAUGUGACUCAAUGCCUGCUGUCCGCCGCUCUCGCUUCCGACGCUUUGUGGAGGCGUUGAGGCUAGACGAGCGCAUGGAGUUCGGCGAAGGUGAUGUUGGGCUGCCAGGUUGCAUUCAAAUCUUGGAGCCCGGCAAUUUGAACCCGACCAACCAGGACUCCAUCAUGCGCUUCGGUGGGUCCACCUCUCCUAAGAUGCCAUGGCCUGAAGACGAGGAGGAUGCAUCCGGAAGCUUGGCAGAGAGGCUUGACAAUCUGACGAAGAUCUGGAAAAAAGCCAUGAGGAGGAUAGAGAAGAAGAGAGACAAAGGUGGUCGGAGGGAUGGCUCCAGCUCCGUUUCUGCUGCUCGUCCAGUAAGGAAGAAACCGUAG